AUGGCAUACAAUGAUAGCUAUCAGCAAAUCGAGGAGGGAACACUGCCCCUAUUUCAUCAGAAGCGCUACUACCCAGUCAAAAUUGGCAAUAUCUCCAAACAACGUUAUCGAAUUAUUGCAAAGCUGGGGUACGGAGCGUAUUCCACCGUUUGGCUCGCUCGAGAUGAGAUAGAAACUGAUCAUCCGGGCCUAGACUUCACACGUCUUGCCCUUGACAUCUUCGAGAUUGAUGGGCCUCAUGGCCGUCCUUGUUGUAUUGCGACUAAACCACAAGGAAGUAGCCUUCGCGCAUUACAGGAAAUUCUUCCCGAUGCAAUCCUCCCGAGGAUGAUGGUAAAAUCUUUGGUACACCGUCUGUGGUUUUCUGUGAAUUGGCUGCACGCAACAUGUGGCGUCGUGCAUACUGACAUUUCUCCUCAAAAUGUCCUAACAGCGGCUAGUGACGAAAUCAUCUUCAAAAACAUUGAGGAACAAGAGUCGCAAGACCCGGGCACACCAAUCAUGAAUGACGGAGUUCCCAUUUACAGGUCUCGAUCUUCGAUUGUUGAACUUUCGGGCAUCCCUAUCCUCACUGAUUUUGGCCAAAUGCGAUUAGCGGAUCCGAUGAGUAAUGACUGGUGGAUGCCAGAUUUAUAUCGAGCCCCGGAGGUGCUCUUGAAGCUUCCUUGGGCGUUCCCGGUCGACGUUUGGUCAGUGGGUGUCAUGACCCUCAAGCUUCUGGAAAGGAGAAAUCUCUUUGAUCCUAUUGAUCGUGAACACAAUCAAUACGUUCUCCCGUUAGCACUCUCGCAGUAUAUCGGUUAUCUUGGCCCUCCACCGCUGGAGAUGAUCAAACGAAGCCCGCUUUUCCGGACAUAUUUUGACCAAGACGGCAAUUGGAUAUCGGAACCCCCAAUUCCUGAAACAUCCUUAGAGAAUUUUCUCACCACUGUUCCUCCCGGAGAAGAAAAAGAGAUGCUUCUAAAGUUCAUACGAAAGAUAUUGACUUGGGAUCCGGAAGUGAGAGCAACAUCUUCAGAGAUCCUCGAAGAUGAAUGGCUUAUGAGGCCCGUGGACGACAUAAUGUGA